CCUCCUUCACUUCUUUCACAAAUGUCUCUCUGACUCGCCUGAGGCGGCUGCCCAUCUCUCCCAGGUCACCAGGGACUCUGCCGGCCUCGUCCCGGACCUGCCGCAGCGUCUGGGACCGCAUGACCCGCUCAGAGGCAUCCCUGCCGGCUAUCUGAGCCUUGGUGAUGGCGUAGGCUGUUAUCUGGGCCGCCCUGCGAAUCGGUCGAGACUCUGCCAACUUCUCAACGACAUGGAGGUUGUUCAGGAGGUUAAAUAACAUACGAGCGAGCAUGUUGUCGAGUGUUUCCAAAGAUCCUUGACACGUUAGCCAGUUAGCUAGCACAGCAGUCGCGUAUUUCUGCCCUGUAAUGACAACAAGUUAACUGGAAUCGUCGACGGUAUGUUAUACUGUAAUGUAUGUUGCGCUGUGGUGUAAAUGUCAGUAACUUGUAUAACGUACAUAAAAGGUUGACUUACUUCAGCUGAACCGACCAUUAGGUUGCAUUAGAUGACCUAACAUGCUGUGGAGUGAGGCUGAAGUUGGUUUAGAUGUGAUUCCUUUAGGUUUCCACUUAACAUUGUCCUUCGCCCAACGCACGAAUUCACAACUCAAAAUCUACGAAUAAGAAGCUAACUUCAACGUUGUGGCAAACGGUUUUCCGGACCUUUUUGUUGGUAACACCAGCCGGGGAAAUACGUCCGGUCGUAUCGUAUGAAUAUCCGCUUUCGGUACUAAUUUCCCUUAUUCAUCCCCCCCGAGAAUUUGCGUACGGAGCGUUGAGCUUAGUCUUCUCUCCAAACUAAACCCUUCAACACGUGGGAAGUAGCUAAGUGGACUGUGCAGCCAUGCAGGUGAUUGUGUUGUUCGCCGUGGCCGUGCUGUCUCUGAGCCCCGCGGCAGUGAGCGGAGCCGACAAGAAGAAGCUACAGAUCGGCAUCAAGAAGCGAGUGGACAACUGCCCUAUCAAGUCCCGCAAAGGAGACGUGCUGAACAUGCACUACACGGGCAAGCUGGAGGACGGCACGGAGUUUGACAGCAGCAUUCCCCGCGACAGGCCCUUCACCUUCACCCUGGGCACCGGGCAGGUGAUCAAAGGAUGGGACCAGGGCCUGCUGGGCAUGUGCGAGGGCGAGAAGAGGAAGCUGGUCAUCCCCGCCGAGCUGGGCUACGGAGACAGGGGAGCUCCCCCAAAGAUCCCCGGAGGAGCGACGCUCAUCUUCGAAGUGGAGCUGCUCAGCAUCGAGAGGAGAUCCGAGCUUUGAUGAAGAGGAGAUGGCAAACUUUCAAAACGUUCCUGGAGCUGCUGCAGUAUUACGUGGAGAUCAUCUGACCUGAUGAAGACUACAUGAGAAAUCUGGGAGUAUAAAUGGCUACCCCCCACAGAGCCACUGUCCUCCUUUCACUGGCUUAGCUUAUUGUGCUCUGAUUUAUUGGUCUGAAGUUUUUAUAUGAUACAAGAUGUGGUGUAUGUCCUUGGUGAACAUGAGUAGAACUGACGGUAAACAGCUAAACCUAGUAUUUGGAUGUGGGUUAAUAAGGGAGUCAUGUCCUGCUGUUUCAUCUAACUUUUUUUUUUUUUUUUUAAUAGUCUGUGAUUUAUAAGCAGGUUUAUUCAUAUUUGUAUGUUCAUAAAAUAAUUUAGUCAGAAGUCAGGACGGGGACGAAUUAGGAUCAAUGUUUUUGUUCACUUUCAAUAUUUGUAUUAUGAUAAUAAAAUGUUGACUUUACGGGAAA